AUGAAUGUUCUUGAAAAGAACUCAAUAAAUGCAGAACUAUUGCUAAAUAAUAUAGACGGUUUGUCUACAAUACCUGUACACAAAUUUACAGUUGAACUUGCUAUUACGUUAUAUAAUUUUGCAAAAGAAAAGAAAAUUGAAAUUGGAAGCUGCUUAUCACAGUGGAUUGCUAAAUUAUUGAAUUUUAAUACAAAUAACAUAAACCUACCUGCUUUAAUCGCAAAAAUUCAUAGACAUAUACAAUGUGCAAAAGGAAAGCGAGGAAUCAAAAAAGAUGAGUUUCUUGCUUCAGUAUUUAAUAUCCCAACAUGUACAGAACUUCCGGCAACACAAACUUCAUGUACGAAAGAAAAUAUUAUAUCAAAUUUAACCAAUGAAAUAGAUUUAAAGUCUAUUCAAAUUGUGAAGACAAAUUUAAAAUUGAAUGUAAAACAAAAAUCAAUUAAAACUAUAAGAAAUGAUCAUAAACUUUUGAAAAGGAAGUAUGAACGAUUAGUAAAGAAAGAAAGUGAUAAAGGUAAACUUCUGAAAUUUGAAAAGAAAGAGGCUGUGGAUAGUCAAAGUAUUUUAAAAAGACAAUUUCAGAAAAAAGAUAAUGAAGUAAAAGUUCUACAAAGUAAGCUUGCACGAUCAAGAGAACAGAAAGAAAAAUAUUACAAACUUUAUAUACAAGCUAAUAGAUCACAUACUCAGUUAAAACAAAGAAUACAGUCAGAUGAAAUAAAACUUACCAAUUUACAGAAACAAAUAGAACAAGAUUAUGCAAAUUUGAAUGACAUUAAACGUAAAUUUCAAGAAAGUGAACAAAGUUUGCAUUAUGUGCAAGAUCUUUUAAAUGAUAAUUUUGAAAUUGAACUAUUCGACAAAUCAUCAAACAAAUACACUACAGAAACUGUCAGAUGUGUCAUGAAUCUUACUGACUUAAAAGUGCCAUCUGAAAAAGUUGGUAAAGUUAUAAAUGAAGUUUCCAAAUUGUAUGGUAAAAUUCCAAAUGCAGUUCCUUCUGCAACAGCUGUUAACAGAAUUGUAGACAGUAAGUUAGCAUUAUCACACAAACAAUUAGACAAAGUACUAGAAGGAAAGGAACAUAAUACAUUAUACACAGACGAGACUAGAAAGUAUGGUAAAUGUAUACAGACAUAUGUUUUAACGGACGAUACAAAGACAUCUUACAUUUUAGGAUUACGGGAAAUGUUUAAUAAAAGUGGGCAAUGUACUUUAGAAACAUUUAAAGAAAUAUUAAAGGAUAUAAACGAACAUUGUCAUCAAUCAGAGAGAAACAAAAAUAUGCAUGCUGGAUAUCAAAUAUUGGCCAGUAUUAGGGAUACAAUGUCUGACCGGGCAUCAACAGAAAAGAAUUUUAAUAAGUUGUUAGACCAAUUUAGAACAGAUAUUUUACCUGAGACUCUUGUGAAGAAAGUUAAGAAAUUUGAACGAUUAUUUCUGGAUGGCAAAGACAUUGGUUCUGCAGAAAAGCCUGAGUUAAAAAGAUAUCAUAGACAUGAAAGCGGUACUUUACGUCUUUUAAGAACAGCAUGUAAAUCUUUUGCCAUUGGAGAAGAUGAAAAGAAUGGUGUAGCUUCAUACUGGAAAACUUAUUUAAAUGAAAAGUCUGAAAAGAAUCGAUUCCUGAGAUUUAAACAUAACAGGUUCAAUCUGGUCUUUGUUCUUGGUAAUGCGGUGUACUACCACCAUGAGGACAUUUCAAUUUUUUUAGAUUCUGUUCAUGGCACAAAAAAUGAUCUUCUCAAGGCUGUUUCAUUAGAUAUAAAGGAGAAACUUUUUCUAGCUGGAGCAAAAGCAUUAGGUUUAAUUUCGAAAUUUAUUACUGGUCCGCUCUGGAGAAUUCUUGAAAGUGAUAUUCACAUACUGGAUAUGAACCAUCACUAUCAGUCAUUAAUAGAGUUUCUUCAUAAAGGUGCCACAAAUGUAGAUGACGUAUCUAAAUUUGUAAUUGGUGAGCAUACUCCAUUUGACACGUCCGUUGAUUUGGAGGACCCACUUUUUGUACACUUGACUACUGGAAAUGAGCCAAUUGAUGACAUUGUCUGUCCUCUUCUCCAAAGUUUAUUCCAGACUAUGUGUACGCUUCUGAAAAGAAUGGUUGUAGAUCACCUUCCUGGGGGUAAGUUCUGGAAUCCAACUGAAGGACUCAUUAAAGAAAGUAAAUCAACUAUGACUCAUAAUAAGCUACCAGAAUUUGUGUUUGGUCAGUUAGAUCAACUUUUAAGGUAUAGACCAAACUCAACUUUGCUUGCAAACGAAGCCUACCUUUUAUAUUCACAUAACAAAACUGGCCAGUGGUUAGACAGCUUGAGUGAAGUGGAAAGAAAUGUUAUGAUUGCCAAGUCAAAAAAGGAAGGGGUACAAAUAAGGAAAAACUUUCAGCUUAGGUUACUUGAAAUUGAACAGAAACGAAGAGAGGAUAUGAAAAAAAGACAGGAAGAACUUGAAAAAAAAGAAAGAAAUAGGCUUCAAAAUGCAGAAAAUAUAACUAACAAUGUAUGUUAUUAUGGACUUUGGCAAAGUGGACUUCAAGUUGAUGAGGGUUUGGGUAGAAUUCCUGUAAAUGAACACAGAAAAGCUCUGGAAUCCCAAUUAAAAUUUCGAAAAAAUGUUUUGAAGCAGAAGCAUGCAGAUAAAAAGAUUUUCAAUUUUUCAAGGAAAAAUGAAAGAGAUAAAUAUGACAAGUUAUCGGUAGAUGAAUUGAAGGAAAAUGUUCUCACUUUGAUUAAAGACACUUUAAAGGAACCUACUACAGAAAGAAACCAACCUAAUAGUAAUAUACCCUUAUUUGUUGGAAAGAAAAUUGAACAUUUGUUUAGUGAUGGUAUUAAAUAUUAUGGACAUGUUAUUUCAGUUGUUCCAGGAUUUCCAGACUGGUAUAAUCUCAAAUACCAAGAUGACGAGGCAAUUUAUGCGUUCAAUUUAGGGAAAGAUUAUGAGAAGGGGGAUGUAAAAAUUGUAAUAUUGCCUUAA